AUGCGCGUCCUUUUCGUGUAUAGCUGUGCGCUACUCGCUGUCACCGUUAACGCCGCGUCCAGUUUCGGUUACCACUACGAACGCAAUGGCAACUCCAACUCCAACACCAACACACUCACGAACGCCAAUAGCCUGAGCUUAAGCAGUAGCGGUAACGGUAUACGCUCGAAGGACAACAACGCCGAAAGUUUUUUCAAUCCUGCACCCAGUGGAAAUUCAUUCCUCUUACCGCAACAUCAAACACUACGACAACAACAACAACAGCAACAGCAGCAACAAAAAACGGAGCAACAAUCUUUUGGUGGCGACAAGUACCUACCACCUUCACAACCCACCGCCGAACCGAUUAUUACCAAGCAAUUUUUUUUAGUCUCCGCACCGGAGGAUUCGGAAGAGCAAACACGCAGCAAGCACUUUGUUAUUGGCCGUCCGCAGAAGAACUAUCGCGUCGUCUUUAUUAAGGCACCUUCCUCUGAUAAUGCAAACCUCAAGUUGACAGCCGAAUAUGCGCCACAAGAGGAGAAGACUGUCAUUUAUGUUUUGAGUAAAAAGGACAACGACUUGAAUAUUGGUGAGAUUAGCACACCAGCGCCCACUCAACCCACCAAACCGGAAGUAUUCUUUAUCAAAUACAAGACACCGGAAGAGGCUGCCGCAGCGCAGAAGGAAAUUCAAGAACAAUAUGACAAUCUUGGCGGCACUUCAGAGUUCUCCGACGAGGGCGUUGUACCCAUAAAAUCGGUUGUGGGCUCACUCGACGGUUUGGCGGCCAAUGGCGGCUACGACUACCGCAAAGUACAAAAUGGCGCCGAUUCACCCAUCAAAAACUUCCUGCAACCAGCACGUUUCUAUUUCUAA